AUGAAGCAGAUUUGGAACAAGCAGCCACAAGGUCCUCAAAGAGCAUCCCGGGUCCUCCAGAUCUUUCUCAAAGUCCGGAUGAUAGACCAGAACAGCCUUGCAAACUUCCCAAAAUCGCAUGGUCGACGCUUUAAUGCAGACUGGUGUGUGAAGCAUGAAUGGAUCGAAUAUUCUGUCUGUGAGGACAAAAUGUAUUGCUUUGUUUGUAGACACUUUUCUACAGCACGAGUAAGCGAAGAGAGUGCCUUCGUAUCAGACGACUUUAACAGCCGGAAAAAGUGCACAAGCGAUUCAUAUAAGAAUAACCGACUACUUAAGCACCAGAAAUCAGAGCAACACGUUGAUUGUACAGCCAGAUAUGCUGCAUACAAAGAAGCAAAACAGCGAAAAAGUGCAGUAGCAUAUCUAAUUAAUGAACAGUAUAGAGAGACUGUGAGAAAGAAUCGUAAAUACAUCAAAACUAUUGCUGAUAACCUCAGACUAACAGCCGUCCAAAAUAUUGCACAAAGGGGACAUUAA